AUGUCUCAUCCACCGUCGCCAUACCCACCCCAGUCUCCCUUCUAUUCAGCUGCCCAAAUGAAUUCAGCUAUUAAUCCCGACACGCCACCCCCGCCGCCGCCGAAACCCAGCAGCCAUGAAGCCAGUCGAGGCGGCACACCCCAGAACACAUCGUUCUCUUCCGCACAGCAACAGCAGACACAAAUAAGCGGCCAGCCAGAGGGUGUACAGACAUCAUACCCGACCAAUACGCAGCCCCCUGUGCUUCCCGACCCGCCCACAAGCGAAGAGGGCUGGCUGCCGGAGAUUGUGAAAGAGAAAUCGACUCUCGAUCUACAAACCAUACUCAAAGACCCCAGCCUGAUUACUGCACUGUCAAGCCAACACCCCUCCCACACCGCGCGUCAACAGAACCUCGAGUCUCUCAUCCAAGUCAACAAGGACCUGGCGACGCGUCUACUGGAAAUGCAGACCCGUCUCGCCGACCUCCGCGCCUCCACCGAAACCAUGCUCCUCGCCCACCAGUCGCUGGAAGUGACCUGGCGCAAGAAGCAAACAGACAUGGACACGGCCCUUGCGCCGUGGUCUCCCAAGGCGCUGUACCAGCGACUGAGCGCGGCGAUUGCAGAGCAGGAGGCGGUUUGCCAGGCGGUGGAAGAGAGCUUUCUCGACGAGGACCAUCACGGCCGCGCUACCGAGAAGGAGAUUGCGGACUGGGUGCGGCGCGUGCGGGCGGAGGCGUCCAAGCUGGCGGCGCGCAAGGAGGCCAAGGCACGGUGGGAUGAGGGCCGAGUUGGCGGGUGGCGCUAA